GAAGCUACUUCCUCCUAUGAGUAAUAAGAGUUGCUGACAAUGACGGCUGCAUUGCUCAGAGUGGCGAGGCACAGCAAGCCAUAGAAACGCUCCAAAUCAGCUCUGCGAUCCGGCUUCCCUUAAGUUCUGAUGUUUUGACAGGAAACGUUCAACUGUUUCAAAACGCAGGCCAAUCACAAGCGAGAUGCAGAUGAACCAAGCUUAAGAAGGUGCACAGAUUCCAAAAUCUCCCUCGACUGUGUCAUGGACCACCGAAAGCAGCCCACCAAAGUGGAGCGUUUUCUCAAGCUGGGUUACUCCCACGAGGACAUUGAUAGCGUACUGAAGACCCUCGACCGCGAUGCCCAGACCAACGACAUUCUCGAAGAGCUCAUCAAGACCUGCCACAUUCGCAGUGACAAAAGCGUCCCGAGCAGCCCCAAACUGGUGUCAAGAGGCUGCAGCCCCGGGCCCACCAGACCAGUACCAGACAAAGACACUGCUUUUGCGUUCAGACCGGUCGUCAUAGAUGGAAGCAAUGUUGCCAUGAGCUAUGGAGACAAGAAAGUGUUCUCGUGUCAGGGCCUCCAGAUGGCAGUGAACUGGUUCUGGGAAAAGGGACUGCGAGACAUCACCGUGUUCAUUCCCCUGUGGAGGAAGGAGCAGCCGCGACCCGAGGCCCCUAUUACAGAUCAACACAUACUCCAUGAUCUCGAGAGGAGGAAGAUUUUAGUGUACACACCAUCCCGUUGCGUGAACGGCAAGAGGGUGGUGUGCUACGACGACCGCUACAUCGUGAGGCUGGCUUACGACGUAGACGGGAUCAUCGUAUCCAACGACAACUACCGUGACCUUCAAACGGAGAAUCCCCAGUGGAAGAAGUUCAUCGAGGAGCGACUGCUGAUGUACACCUUUGCCAAUGACAAGUUCAUGCCUCCAGAUGAUCCUUUGGGUAGAAACGGUCCCACCAUUGAUGAUUUUCUACGAAAGAAGCCAAAGAAUGCAGACAACAAACUGCUCCACUGUCCUUACGGAAAAAAGUGUACGUAUGGCGUGAAGUGCAAGUUCUAUCACCCGGAAAGGACCAACCAAUCACAACUGUCUGUGGCCGACGAGCUCAGGGACAGAGCCAAGACCUCAAGCUACAAACCGACCAUUCAAGACACGCAUCCACGCGAAUAUACCCCCUCCGCCAACACAGACGAGCCUCCGCACGGUGACCACUUCGUCUACCGGCGAGACAGCAGCAGCCCCAAGGGUCCGGCAGGCCCCCCGCCUUGGCCAAACAUGGAAGCGGAUGAAGCGUUCAGCUCACUGGACAGCUGCAUGUCCAAACUCCAAUUCCAGGAUGGGCCCUACGGCGUAAGCAGGCCCCCCUACAGCUUCAGCAGCGGGGUGGCCAGCUACAGCCCGAGCCACGACGACUACUCCCUCUCGGGGUCGCACAGCGGCAACAACCAAAAGUUCAGCGGAGGAACUUACUACCUCCCUCGACAUAGCUGCGAGCGGUCCGCGUGCCCUCGCUGUACGUGUGGUUACCAUCGGGCUGGGGCGCGACCUCACGCCCGCCACCCUGCCUGGGCCUCCUACCCGGCUGUGCCUUUCCAUCAGCAGGAGCAUCCCUCACACUUUUCUGAGACGCACUACUUCAGGCAGCCCGCACACAAGCAGAGCCAAAGCCUGCCCAAAGACGCGUGGGCGCACGGCAACCGCGCUGGGAGCCCGUCAGGCGAGCUGCGCAAGGAGAUGAGGACCCAGCUGAGCACACUCUUCCCCAAGGACACAGUUGACGGCGUCAUGAACGCCUACCCGCAUGUGUCGGACAUGUCGGAACUGAUGUCUCUGAUUCAGAGCUACAGGAGUAAUCACAAUGGCUUCUGAUUCGAGAAGCAAAUUACUGUACCGGAAAAACAAAAUCAUAACAAGGCGUCCGAUUUGUUCGGAUUUCAAAUCGGUUUUCCCAUAGGAAACAAUGGAAAUGUUAUCAACCCAUUCCAGGGUCAUACUGUCGCCGUCAUAAAACCUUUAUGAAUAUACAGGUAAUGUUUUUAUUCGUGGGUUUACAUUCUUAAUUAUCAUCGAAAAAGAAGGAUGCUAAAAAAAAAAUAUUUUUUUAAAUCAUUAUGAAAAGCUGUUUGAGCAUUUAUUUGUUAUCCUUCAUAUCCAGCAUUAGGUCCGUGUAUGAGUACACUCUUUGUCCUCUCUAGCGAGACAAUUCAGCACUGCACUAGUAGGGCCCGACUCGAAUGACCUCAGGGGAAAUGUGUUAGCUUAAGGCAAGCAAUUUGAGAAUAAUAAGAGAUAUGCAUUGAAGGAGACAGUUCCAGACUGCUGCUAAGAAGCGUCUGCCUAUUUCAACUUCAGUGAGGUCAUAGAUACAUGAACAGGCAGUUAGUUAUCAUCUGACUCAUGCAACUGGCGCCCCUCCCCCUCAAACAAAGACAUCUUGCUUUGUCAUACAGCAAUAUACUAGUACAACCCCAAUUCCAAUGAAGCUGCGACGUUGUGUUAAACAUAAAUAAAAAUAGAAUACAAUGAUUUGCAAAUCAUGUUCAGCCUAUAUUUAAUUGAAUACACUACAAAGACAAGAUAUUUCACGUUCGAACUGAUCAACUUUAUUGUUUUUAGCAAAUAAUCAUUAACUUCGAAUUUGAUGGCUGCGACACGUUCCCAAAAAAAAGCUGGGACAGGCUCAUGUUGACCGCUGUGUUACAUCACCUUUUCUUUGAACAACAUUCAAUAAACGUUUGGGAACUGAGGACACCAAUUAAAUUGUUGAAGCUUUGGAGGUGGAAUUCUUUCCCAUUCUUGCUUGACGUACAGCUUCAGCUGUUCAACAGUCCGGGGUCUCCGUUGUCGUAUUUUACGCUUCAUAAUGCGCCACGCGUUUUCAAUGGGAGACGGGUCUGGACUGCAGGCAGGCCAGUCUAGUACCCGCACUCUUUUACUACGAAGCCACGCUGUUGUAACACAUGUGGUUUGGCAUUGUCUUGCUGAAAAAAGCAGGGGCGUCCAUUUGAAAAGACGUCCCUUGGAUGGCAGCAUAUGUUUCUCCAAAACCUGUAUGCCCCUUUCAACAUUAAUGGUGCCUUCACAGAUGUGUAAGUUACCCAAGCCAUUGGCACUAACACAGCCCCAUAGCAUCACAGAUGCUGGCUUUUGACCUUUGCGUCCAUAACAGUCCGGAUGGUUCUUUUCCUCUUUUGCCCGGAGGACACGACGUCCACAAUUUCCAAAGACAAGUUGAAACGUGAACUUGUCGGACCGCAGAACACUUUUCUACUUGGCGUCAGUCCAUCUGAGAUGAGCUCGGGCCCAGAGAAGCCGGCGGGUUUCUGGGUGUUGUUGAUUGGCGUUUGCUUUGCAUAGUAGAGUUUCAAGUUGCACUUACGGACGUAGCACCGAACUGUAUUUACUGACAUUGAUUUUGUGAAGCGUUCCUGAGCCCAUGCGGUGAUAUCCUUUACACAUUGAUGUCGGUUUUUGAUGCAGUGCCGCCCGAGGGAUCGAAGGUCACGGUCAUUCAAGGUUGGUUUUCGGCCUUGCCGCUUCCAUGCAGUGACUUCUCCAGAUUCUCUGAACCUUUUGAUGAUAUUACGGACCGUAGAUGAUGAAAUCCCUGAAUUCCUUGGAAUUGUACUUUGAGGAACAUUGUCCGUAAACCGUUCGACUAUUUUCUCACACACUUGUUCCCAAAGAGGUGAACCUCGCCCCAUCUUUGCUCGUGAAUGACUGAGCCAUUCAGGGAAGCAAUCAUGGCCCCCACCUGUUCCCAAUGAGCCUGCUCACCUGUGGGAUGUUCCAAACAGCUGUUGGAUGAGCAUUUCUCCGUCUUUUUUUGCUACCUGUCCCAGCUUUUCUAGUUGCAGCCAUCAAAUUCUAAGUUCAUGAUUUUUUUGCUAAAAACAAGAAAGUUGAUCAGUUUGAACGUGAAAUAUCUUGUCUUUGUAGUGUAUUCAAUUAAAUCUAGGUUGAACAUGAUUUGCAAAUCAUUGUAUUCUGUUUUUAUUUAUGUUUAACACAACGUCCCAACUUCAUUGGAAUUGGGCUUGUAAAUGGAUCUCAAGAUGGAUAACAAGGACACUGAAUAAAUGCUCAAAUGGCUUUCCCUAUCUCAUCCUUAAUUUCUGGUUCACUCGGAUUGUUCACAUAUGCAGAAAAAUGCUGACCAAUCACUGAGUGUGUAUUGUAUGGCUGAAAGAGACCAAGGGUGCCCAUAAACGUGAUGUAAACAUACCUCUUCUUUUUGGCAUCAUAAAAUAAAUCGUAUUUCUUUGCUCUUUACAAAGUGUAAAAGUGCAAUGCACUAUGCUCCCGACAAGCUACUGACUGGAGCACUGACUUUUUAAAUUGAAGCAGCACGUGUUGUUUUCUCAUGUUGCCUCAAAGUGAGGAAGGCUAUUCUGUACAUGACUCGAUUGGUAUGUUGUUUUUUAAAUGAAAUACACAAGCAAUUGAAGCAGUCA